UGGGGUCCCGAGCGCUGACAGCCGGCACAUCCCGGGAAGGCAGCGACGCCCUCCCCACCUGGGCAGGGGCAGCCGCAGCCACCCGCUUGGAGCCCGACGGGCGCGCCGCCAGGGCUGGGGAGGGGCCGCGCGGAAGGGUGGAGGGCGGAGGCCCGGCGCUGGGCAGGGCCGGGUUGCGCCUCCCGGGCCGCUGGGGUAGCUCAGGGGCCGCGGCUCUCGGAGGAGCAGAGCAUUUGCCCUGAGGGUCGGUCGCGUCUCAGGAGCCACAGGAGCGCUGGCCAUGAGGACCCUGUGGAUGGCGCUGUGCGCUCUGACUCGGUUGUGGCCCGGGGUCCUAGCUGGCUGCGCCGAGGCGGGGCGCUGUUGCCCUGGCCGGGACCCUGCCUGCUUCGCUCGCGGCUGGAGGCUGGACAGGGUCUAUGGGACCUGCUUCUGCGACCAAGCUUGCCGCCUCACCGGGGACUGCUGCUUCGACUACGCCAGGGCAUGCCCAGCUCGCCCGUGCUUCGUGGGGGAGUGGAGCCCCUGGAGUGGUUGCGCAGACCAGUGCAAACCGACCACCCGCGUGCGGAGGCGCUCGGUGCGGCAGGAGCCCCAGAACGGAGGGGCGCCCUGCCCGCCCCUGGAGGAGAGAGCCGGCUGCCUGGAGUACUCGACGCGGCAGGGCCAGGACUGCGCGCACGCCUUCGUCCCUGCCUUCAUAACUACCUCUGCCUUCAACAAGGAGAGAACAAGACAAGCUGUGUCUCCACAGUGGUCUACGCACACAGAGGAUGCCGGAUACUGUAUGGAGUUCAAAACAGAGUCCCUGACGCCUCACUGUGCUCUGGAGAACCGGCCCCUGACUCGAUGGAUGCAGUACCUCCGAGAGGGAUACACUGUGUGUGUGGACUGUCACCCUCCAGCCAUGAAUUCUGUGAGCCUUCGUUGUUCCGGAGAUGGCCUGGACUCUGACGGAAAUCAGACUCUUCAUUGGCAAGCAAUCGGCAAUCCUCGAUGUCAGGGAACCUGGAAAAAAGUCCGGCGAGUAGACCACUGUUCUUGUCCAGCAGUUCACAGUUUCAUUUUUAUAUAGAUCAUCAUGUAAAUAUUUCAAGACGUGUCUGUAAGCAUGCUAAAUAUUGUUAGGUUGUGUUUGACACUUCAUAAACUCUAAAAACCGUUGUGCCAAAGUUCCUGAACACAUCAUUGCCACACACUGAAGCAGAGAAAGAAAAUUUAGGGGCUAAUUCUCAAGGAACAUUCUCAAGGAAUGUAUAUUUUUAUUUUUCUAAGUUGAGGGCUUACAAAAACCUCCUGAGGGUGUAUGUCCUCGACCUUCCAUUCAAACACAGAAUACAUGUCCAUUUGCACUAGAAUUACUAUUCCAUGGUCCACUUUUUUGGUAAGUUAUUAUUUAAGGGUAGCUACGCUUUGACUCUUGCAUCUUUUUCUCUCUAUUCCAUAUCUCUUAUAAGUGCCUCACUUUAAAAAACAAUGUUAUAUAGCCAGGCACUGUGGCACAUGUCUGAAAUCUCAGCAUCUCAGUAACUUAGGAGCUGAGGCAGGAG